UAUUCACGGUAGGCGGUCAACGAAAGUUCACAUCUGCAGCACUCGCGUCGAAUCUCCAUCGUCAUUGUACGCUGCCGGCUUUGGCCUUCCGUUCCUUAUGCUUGCGCCCCGUGCUUCCAGUGCAUUUGUGUGCCUCCGAUGUGAGCUCAAGUUCGCGCGGCCCCGAACAUCAGCGCUUCCGCGUCAAUCCUCGCAUGCCAGCUUUUCGUCCUCCACACGUCGCCACGAUGGCGCAGAUGAGCCCCAGCAGCUCCCUCCGAGCGAGCCUCCCGCCGAAGACAUUGCUGCGAAACGGGCUACUUGGAUCACCAAGGAGUAUAUGCGGAAGGGCAAGAUCGUCAAGCACAGAAAAGCCAAGUUGGGCAUGAAGCGCAUGGAUGAAGAUGCCGAUGUGCUGGUCCUGAACGAGGCCCCCGUGCGCGAGGAAACCACUGAGGAGCCUGAAGUCCUCGAACCAAUCUCAGUCCCAGACUUUCGCUCUUCGCUCCAGCAGGAUAGCACGCCAGCCACUCAGGAAGACGUCGAGAAGCAGCUCGAGAGCUUGCGUCCUGCCCGCGGCAGCCGAGACGAGCCGCAGUAUGUUACGACUGCUGGUUUCGUACAGCUGGUGGCCGCCUUGACCAAGGGUUUCACUACACAACAGCUUUCAGGCUACUACUCGACUACAAAGAGCAUCAAAAAGAACGCCGUAUACAAGGCUGUGCAGGCUACUGUGCAGGCGACGAAACGGAGCGAGUGGCAUCCAACUACAACAGACAUCAAGAAACGGCUACCAGGCGUCGAAACUGUCACCGGAAAGAAGCAAAAGCCCAAGAGCAUACGCAAAGCAACACUGGUGGACAAGAUCCUUCGAGAUGUGUGGAAUCUCGAACUACUUGAGGAGCUCGAGGCCCCUGGGGAGCUUGAGCUCCGGCUGAAGGAGUGGCAGCUCAAACUUCUUCAAGUUGGAGGUAACAGCAGCGCCCUCGCUCGGAUUGCCCGCAUCAGGAACGCCAAGGUUGAGAUACACUGGCCCACCAACAUUCUUCGUAUCACGGCAGACAAGAACACGGCCGAGUAUACUGCGGAUGAUGUCGAAGCAGCCCUCAGCAAGUCGCGCACGAAAACUCUCUCUCUGAACACCUGGAUCGGGCUGUUGGAUGAGCGCAAAAUCUCUACCAGCAGCGAUGUGCUCGCUUCUCUCUCGGUAGAUCUUGUAUCCUCUCUCACAUCCACGCACAUCGCUGCGGCCAGUGAUCGCACGUUACACAUCUACGGGCUGGAUGAGGCCUCCGUUGCAGAGGCGAAAAGGACACUCGUUAGACUCUUGCCCUUCAAGGAUUCUGCACCACGCACGAUUGAUACCCAGAAGUUGGACGCAGCAAAGCGCGAGAGCUAUCUGCUGCCAGUCUUCCACGAACCGAUGUCACUUGAAUACAAGCACCGAAACCUCAGCCUGGGUCGUUGGGUGCUGCCAGUCACCCGCUCAGUCGAGCCUGGAGAACAGCAAUUGCCCUCGGAUCCCGAGCAGAACUUGCAUAGCAUUGUCAAUCGGACAGUAUCUCUCAUGAUGCCACCGGCCGACGAUGGUUUCGCAGGAGACGAAUCGAACCCGCGAAAUAGACAGACUGGAUACUGGGCUCUCGAGCCGGAGUUCAAGGCCUCUGCUGAGUUUGGCCAAGCUCUAUUCCCUCUUCAGAUGACCAGCCCAAAUAAGGUUGUCGAAGCCAUCAAGGAUUCUUCGCGCACACCAUUCCAGCCUGCCAUUCCGGGCCUUGGAAGUCUGCUCGCUGCUUCCGACUUCCAGAAUCUGUCGCGCACAGAAACACCCGCUCUUCUGUACGACUUCCUUCCAGCACCUGAGCAGACAAACAUCAAAGGUGCGAUUGGACCAGACUUCCCCAAGCUGUUUAUACAGGUGCGCACAGGCCGCAACGGCAACAGACCCUCUAUUCAUAAGCUCAGUCUUGGUUUCAAAGAGCGUAUACACGACGUGUUACUGCCUGACCAAGCGGCUGAUAUCCGCUUCUUUCGAUAUGGGCGCCUGCGAUUCAGCAGUAGGAGCCAUCAUGACAAGCACGUCGACACCUGGUUUGGAGCAGUGCGUCAGAACAUUGAGAGUGGCGGGCGUCUUACGGCACCGUCAAUAAUUAUCGAAAUCCCGAAGUGGACCAUUCCUGGCUUUCCUACCGACGCGAUUGGCAUGCUGCCUGUCAAAUACCUCUUCUCUGGCAUCCAAUUCCGACAGAGCGUCACAGGUAGACUGCUGGGCACACAGGUCUCAUAUAGCACCGUACAGUCUGGCAAGCUGGGUGCCAAGGGUGGCGUGUUGAGUGCUUACACCGUGAAACAAAACGACGAAGAUGUCGAGGCGCACAUCCGCGAUUUCGCGACGAAAUGUGUGCAGAUGGUAGACUACAUCACCCAGGCAAGUGCCCAAACACAGCCUCUAAGACAGACCGUCCUUCCCAGGAACGACCACAGCGCGAGAAAGCAGCGCCGAGCUGCAGAGCGAGAAGGCCAGGCCGAAACACUGAGCCAGGCACAAGACUAUCCUAGCGAAGCAGAGCAGCAGUCGGCGCCCGAUGACGACCUCGCCCUCGCCGAAGACAUCGCCGUAGACGACGCUGAAGACGUCGACGACCUCACCACCCUCGACGAAGAACAGUCCGACCUCUCCCACCAACAGGACGACGCCCGCCUCGCAUCCAGACUCGACGACGACGCGCCUCCACUCCCCGAGGAAGACCCCGCUCUCGACGACGCCUUCGACGACGCCGACGAGGACCGCAGAGCCGGCAUCAUCAAAGCCCAGGAAGAAGAGGCCAACGCGCUCCUGGACGAUUUGUUCGGCGACGAGCCCGCGAAGGAGCCGCUUGACGAGGGAAGCGAUGAUGGCGCGAAGGAGAGCGCGAAGUUGUAGAUUUUUCGCCGGGGGGGUUGGCAUAGAUGGGGUUCGGCAUUGCGUGGCGUUGGUGGCAGACGUUGUAUAUCAUAAUGUAAGAUUACGUGUCCUCGCGGUUGUACAUCUGCAGUGUUGUUGAGCGCGUGUUAGCCUUCCGUGGUGAAUGUGCGCUGCUAUUUUACUCUGCGUUCAUAAUCAUACCCCCCCC